GAUUCACCUAAAUCAAAGGCGCGAUCUCAAUCCUUUUUCAUCAGCACAGCUUUUUAUAUUCCUUACAAAUGGUCAAGAAAGAUGAAGCCAAGAUUCUCUCUUUUGCCUUUAUUCAAGAAAAUAAGAUAAACAUAAUGGUACUGACAUUUUAGAUUUUAUGGUAAAGACUAAACAAAGUAGUUCCAUCGUCUUUAACCUAUCCUCUUUUGUCCAUUUCUCGCCCCUCGACUCGAGUCCAUCACCCAUUUAACUCAAACACACAAAGAAGGACAAUAUUUGAGACAGACAGACAGGAAGAGGGGAGCAAAGGGUUGUUUCUUGUUUGAUCAAUGGCGGCAAGGGUGAUAACAGUGUCCCAAGACGGCAGUGGAGACUACCGAACAGCACAGGAAGCCAUAGACGCGGUUCCACUCUGCAACACGUGUCGAACUAUCAUUCGACUGUCACCUGGUAUUUACAAGCAGCCCGUUUAUGUUCCCAAGACCAAGAACCUCAUCACCUUGGCUGGUCUCCGACCCGAGCUCACUGUUCUUACCUGGAGCAAUACCGCUACUAGAACUGAACAUCACCAGGCUUCGAGGGUGAUUGGGACGGGGACGUUUGGCUGUGGGAGUGUGAUUGUGGAAGGAGAGGAUUUUAUUGCUGAGAAUAUCACUUUUGAAAACUCCGCUCCUGAGGGUUCGGGGCAAGCUGUGGCAAUCAGAGUAACGGCAGAUCGUUGUGCAUUCUAUAAUUGCAGAUUUCUGGGAUGGCAGGAUACUCUCUACUUGCAUCAUGGAAAACAGUACUUAAAAGAUUGCUAUAUUGAAGGAAGUGUGGACUUCAUUUUUGGAAAUAGUACUGCCCUCUUAGAGCAUUGCCAUAUCCACUGCAAGUCAGCUGGUUUCAUAACUGCACAGAGCAGGAAAUCUUCUCAGGAGUCAACUGGUUACGUGUUUUUGAGAUGUGUCAUAACUGGCAAUGGAGGGUCUUCAUAUUCAUAUCUUGGGCGCCCAUGGGGACCCUUUGGAAGGGUGGUCUUUGCAUACACUUACAUGGAUCAAUGUAUCAGGGAUGAAGGUUGGAAUAACUGGGGAAAACCUGAAAAUGAGAGAAGUGCUUGCUUUUAUGAGUACAGAUGUUAUGGGCCUGGCUGUUGUCAAUCAAAACGCGCAACUUGGGCAAGGGAACUGCUGCAUGAAGAAGCAGAACAGUUCCUCAUGCACGGAUUCAUCGACCCUGAUCCAAACAGACCUUGGCUUGCUCAAAGAAUGGCCCUGAGAAUACCACAUUCUGCUUAGAAGUCACUUUCAAAGCUGGCAUGAGUUAAUAAUCAGCGAUAUAAUGGCGUUUAACCUUUUUAUACAUGGACUAAAAUCUUCAUUGUGUCUGGUUCAAGCUUAGUGUUCAAGCAUGAAAUCUAUUUCUUGUGCCACCAAGUUUCUUUUAUCCUUGAAGAUUUUAGAGAAAGGCUGGCUCAUAUGAAUUGGGCAGUUUUCCUAAGAUCUUAAUCAUGUAUUCACCAUAAAGUUUGUUUAGAUUAUUAUUUAAGUCCACCAGAGAGUGAUUAAAAUGAGCAA